AUGGAAAGAGGCAAGAUUGAUUCUCUUGAAGAAGGAAGGCAGUCCGCCGAUUCUCCCUCUGCGUACCGUCCCAUAUGCUUCUUAGACGAGAUCGGCAAAUUGUUCGAAAGAAUAGUUGCCACUCGGCUCAACGGGCAUCUGUCGCGCGUUGGUCCCGAUUUGGCUGAUAGUCAGUUUGGAUUCCGACGGGAGCGUUCUACAGUAGAUGCCAUCAUACGCGUCCGCUCCCUGUCGGAACAAGCAGUAUCCCAGGGUGGUGUGGCGUUGGCGAUAAGUCUCGAUAUCGUCAACGCCUUUAAUUCUCUACCCUGGGGCGCUAUCCGGAGCGCACUGGCACACCAUCAGGUGCCCCCCUACCUGCAAGGUGUUAUUGGGGACUACUUGCGCGACAGGUACAUCCUGUACAUGGGGCAAAAUGGUAGAAAGAUCAGGAGGGAGAUCAGAAGUGGGGUUCCAUAG